CACUUCCUGUUGUUUUACACUUUCCCUUUCUGUCUCACUCUCCCCUCGAACAAACAUACCACACUCUCUUCCCUCACUCCUUUUCACGCAAAGUGCACGUUUCUCUUUCUCUGUUCUUCAAUUACUUUAAAGCCUCUCUCUGUGUAUGUGUUGUGUUGUGUGUGUGUGUGUAGAAACAAGCACAAUCACAAUGCCUGUUUUGGUUUCUCGUAGCUUAGCCUUGACGCUAUCGUAGAAUGUCUGUAUGGGAUUUAAUGAAUGUGUGUGUGUUGGGUGAGCUAAAACAGAAUCUGAAAUGUCGGAGUGCAUAGUACAUUUUUUUAGUCUAAGCUGUUCAGCUCCUAAUAUCUGAUUUCUAGGUCUUCAUAGCUCUCAAUUGAGGUAUUCCUGUCUGUUACAGCUACUGAUUACUCCAGGUGGUGUUUUUAUUUGGUCUUGCAUGUACAUUUUGUGAUCUGGGUCUCGCCCAUUUGAGGCAUUCUAGCAUUCCAAACCUGUUUUCUUGUCAUUUGUGUUUGAGUCAUUUUGGGUUCUCCUAAUUAAGAGUUGGGUCUGCUCUAACGGAUGUUGUUGAAUUUUGAUUGUUCGAUUGGUUUUUCUUUCUGUGUGGGUUUUGAUUGUGAGUGUUAUUUGGGGCAUUUUGAUGUUCUUGGGUAUGGAGGAAUAUGCUAAACCAGCUUUGAGUGGUGGUGAUUGGUGGAAUGUGAUGCUUCUGAGAUAUGGGAGUUAGCUUAGGGAUUUGAGAGAUGGGAUUAGGUCCUGAUGCUAUUGAGGUUGGGGCUUGGGACGUGGAAAAAUCGAAGGGAAGGAAGAAGAAAGAUGGAGAAGCUGAGGGGACAGGAUGUUGGAUUAAGUUUAGGUUCAUUGGGAGCUGCAUGUCUUCAAGGUCCAGCGUGGAUAGCUCUAUAAGUGGUACUAGCACGCAAUACGGUGAAAGUAAAUCUACAAACGAUUCAAGCCGAGACCAACCAGUUGCUCCAGUUGUGUCAUCUUCAACAACUAGCAAUGCAGAAAGUAUUCUGUCCACUCCCAACAUAAGUGAGGAAUUGAAAGUUGCUUCUCAACUUCGAAAAUUCACUUUUAAUGAGCUUAAGUCAGCAACGAGGAGUUUUAGACCUGAGAGUCUUCUUGGAGAGGGUGGGUUUGGUUGUGUAUUCAAGGGUUGGAUCAAUGAAAAUGGAACUGCCCCAGUGAAACCUGGAACAGGGCUUACAGUUGCAGUAAAGACCCUCAACCACGAUGGACUUCAAGGUCAUAAAGAAUGGCUGGCUGAAGUUAAUUAUCUUGGUGACCUCCUCCACCCUAAUUUGGUUAAAUUAAUUGGUUAUUGCAUUGAGGAUGAUCAGAGGUUACUUGUCUAUGAGUUUAUGCCUCGAGGAAGCUUGGAGAAUCACCUUUUUAGAAGGCCUCUGCCUCUUCCUUGGUCCACCAGAAUGAAAAUUGCACUUGGUGCUGCAAAGGGUCUUGCCUUUCUUCAUGAGGAAGCUGAAAAGCCAGUUAUAUAUCGAGACUUUAAAACAUCUAAUAUCCUGUUAGAUGCGGACUACAAUGCAAAGCUUUCUGAUUUUGGACUUGCCAAAGAUGGUCCAGAGGGAGAUAAAACUCAUGUAUCUACCCGAGUGAUGGGAACUUAUGGUUAUGCAGCCCCCGAGUACGUGAUGACAGGACAUCUUACAUCAAAAAGUGAUGUCUACAGCUUUGGAGUGGUUUUGCUUGAAAUGUUGACGGGCCGAAGAUCCAUGGACAAAAACCAACCGAAUGGGGAGCAUAACGUAGUUGAAUGGGCACGGCCACAUCUUGCAGAGAGGCGAAGGUUCUAUCGACUUCUAGAUCCUCGGCUUGAAGGUCGGUUCUCAAUCAAAGGCGCUCAGAAAGCACUUCAGUUAGCUGCCCACUGCCUUAGCCGCGACCCUAAAGCCAGACCUCUGAUGAGUGAAGUUGUUGAAGUACUAAUACCUCUGCCCGACCUCAAGGACAUGGCUUCUUCUUCAUCCUACUUUCAGGCUAUGCAAGCAGAGCGUAUGGGGUCAUACCCAAAUGCUAGAAAUGGCAUUAGAAUUCAGACGGGGUUAUCAAGGAAUAGACAACCAACCAGGAGUCUCUCCAUACCAAAUGCUCUGCAUGCUUCUCCAUACCACCAUAACCAUCUUUACCGGUCACCCAAACCUAGUGUUUGAAAACCGUAACAUUGAGCACUGUAUUAUCUCUUUGAUACCCAUUUUGUAUUCUUUUCUUAAUAUGCCAUCUUUUAGAAGAUGCAGUAAUCUUGGCAAUCAAAGAAAUUUGGGGGAGGGUUUGAUAGGUGGCAGUUUGGCUUUGGCUUUGUCAUCAGAUUUGGAUAAUGGAGUAUUUCUUUUUGAUACAUAAUUGGUGGAGAUUGGAGAAGCCCUGGAGAGAAUCAUGAAUUAUGCCUCACUUAUGUGGUCUGUAAUCUAUUUUGAGCAUUACAAUUUAGUCAGGAGUAUUUCCCAGAAAUUGAUCUUAGCCAAAGGCAGAGAAAGGUACACACUCAGGCUACCACAAUUCCUUUUCACUGCUUACGUUGAAUGUGAAUUUGGUGCACCUUCAAUUAAUCUUCGGGACAGGUGGUGAAUAAUUCUCAUCUUACUUUAAGCACCCUAUUUAAGCCGUUGAUUGAUUACUUCAACAAGCAUACAUUCUAGUGCGGUCGGUUCUCCAUGUGAAGCUAUUAUUGCAAAAUGCAUGCAUGGUUCAGAAGAAAUGAAGAGAUGCAAAUUGUCGUUUCGACAUGAUAUAUGGCCUCGAUUGGCAAUGUUAUUGCAUUGACACUGGGCAAUGCAAUAACAGGGCGCUUUUUCUAUCUUCUUUUUUUAUUUUUUAUUUCCUAGGAGAUGUGGAAUUUAGAAUUCAGUUUUUGGUUGUAUGCUUUUUUAUUGAUUCGAUGUUGAUAGCGAAAUCUUCAACAUUCGACUGCAAUAGGUUAUCAUCACGUUGGAUAAAUGAAUCGAUAAGAAUUAAGAUACUCUAAAGCCUAUCCUCAUAUUCGGAUGUAAUUUUUUGGCAUGCUUAGCCACUGCAAAUCUUUG